AAAUGAAACCCUAGAAACUGAGUUUAAAAUGGCUUCCUCCUUAACCUGAAGCCGUUCGUGGAGAGGCGCGAGGGAGAGAAGAUGCAGAUCUUUGUGAAAACCCUAACCGGCAAGACCAUAACUCUCGAGGUCGAGAGCAGCGACACCAUCGACAAUGUCAAAGCGAAGAUCCAAGAUAAGGAAGGAAUCCCGCCGGAUCAACAGCGUCUCAUCUUCGCCGGAAAGCAGCUCGAAGAUGGCCGCACCUUAGCUGACUACAAUAUCCAGAAAGAGUCUACACUCCAUUUGGUGUUGAGGCUGAGAGGAGGAAUCAUUGAGCCUUCUUUGAUGGCUUUGGCUCGCAAAUACAAUCAGGACAAGAUGAUUUGCCGCAAGUGUUAUGCUCGUCUGCAUCCAAGGGCUGUGAACUGUAGGAAGAAAAAGUGUGGUCAUAGCAACCAGUUGAGGCCUAAGAAGAAGAUCAAGUAAAUUUUACGGAGGAAUUGGAGAUAUUAUUAUUAUUAUUAUUAUUAUUAUUAUUAUUAUUUGCUUCGGUUAUUUCCCCUUGAAACCUGCAAGAUCUUUGGAUUAGCAAGCUUUUAUUUUCUGAUGGUGGAUUUAAUUUAAAUUCUUCUGUUUUCUAUUUUAAUUUUUU